AUGCCAAGCCUCACCAACGCACAUUCCGCCGCUGUCAACGGCGUCAACGGCGUCACUGCCUCCCCCAUCUUGAGCGACGAUGAGCAAGCAGUGCGAGACCUGAGGAAGUUCAUCAUCGAUGUCUGUCGACAGAACGGCGGUGGUCAUGGCGGUUCGGCCAUUGGCAUGGCACCGCUGGGAGUGGCGUUGUGGCGCCAUACCAUGAGGUACAACCCAGCCAACGCCGACUGGUUUGAUCGGGAUCGAUUUGUGCUGUCCAACGGCCACGCUGCCAUGUUCAUUUACACCAUGUUGCAUGUGACCGGAUAUCCGCAUAUGACCUUGGACGAAGUGAAGUUGUACGGCUCUGCGAAAGCAGUUGAUCCGAACACAGGCAAAUGGAAGGCCACCCUCUGCCAUGGCCACCCCGAACUCGACGUCCCAGGCAUCGAAGUCACGACAGGGCCCCUCGGUCAAGGGGUGGCUAACGCAGUGGGCCUCGCCAUUGCCUCGAAACACCUGGCAGCGACCUUCAACAAGCCCGGCUACGAGAUCGUUCGUUCUCGGAUCUACUGCACCACCGGCGAUGGAUGUCUUCAGGAGGGAGUCGCCCAAGAGGCCAUGGCCCUUGCGGGUCAUCUCCAGCUCGAUAAUCUUGUGCUGUGCUACGACAACAAUCAAGUCACCUGUGACGGCCCUCUGGACUGGAUUGUAUCCGAAGACACCAAUGCCAAAAUGAGAUCAAUCGGCUGGAAUGUCAUCGAUGUUUUCACGGGCGAUACCUCAGUGGACGAUAUUGUCUCAGCGUUGAAGCUUGCACGGUCGACCAGGGGCAAACCUACUUUCAUCAACAUUCGCACAACAAUUGGUUACGGAACAUCCACUGCAGGCACUUUCAAAUCGCAUCACGGAACCUAUUCCGAUGAGGAUGCUGCUCGCUACGCGUCUCGCGACAUUUCAACCACUCAUACUCUCUCAGAACAGACGAAGGCGUAUCUCGCCUGGUGUGUGGCCCGAGGCCAAACUCUUGAGGACGACUGGAAUGCUCUUCUUGCGGCCUACAACAAGGCGUACCCCGCCGAAGCCCAGCUUCUCGCCGACCGGAUCAAUGGCAAGGUCGACCAUGAGACUAUCCUGUCCUCCCUCCAAGUUCCCAAGGAAAUUCAGGCUACCCGCCAAUUCAACGGCACCGUGUUUAAUGCCCUCAUGUCACAUGUUCCCCAUUUCGUCGCUGGCGGCGCCGACCUCUGGAACAGCAACCAAAUGGGCGAUCAGACUCCACGGAUCUUCUCGGCCGGGCACCAAGAGGGCCGCGUCAUUCGAUACGGUAUUCGCGAACACGCCAUGGCAUCCAUCUCCAACGGGCUGGCCGCUUACAAUCCUGGCACCAUCAUCCCCAUCACCGCGACCUUCUUUAUGUUCUACCUGUACGCGGCGCCGGGUGUGCGCAUGGGUGCGCUAAGCCACCUCAAAGUCAUCCAUGUGGCGACCCACGACUCGAUCGGCGAAGGUCAAAACGGCCCAACCCAUCAGCCUGUCGAACUUGACUCAUUGUACCGAGCAAUGCCACAUCUCGCAUAUAUCCGACCGUCGGAUGCUGAGGAAGUCGUUGGUGCCUGGAUGGCCGCGUUAGGACCCGCGACCAAGGACAUGUCGGUCAUCAUCUCGCUGGCCAGAGACCCUGCAAUCACCAGGGUACCCAAUACCGAUCGAACCAAAGUCGCCCGGGGCGGCUACGUGGUCGUCGAGCAGCCCGACGCCACCGUCACGCUUGUUUCCUGCGGCUCGGAACUGCCAUUCGCCGUGGCGGCGGCCGAGCAGCUGACCGAGCAGCACGGCAUCUCGACGCGGGUGGUCAGCAUGCCGUGCAUCAGCCUGUUCGAGGCCCAGCCCGAGACAUACCAGAACGAGGUGCUCGGCACGACAGAGCACGUGGUCAGCGUCGAAGCCUACGUCAGCAGCAUGUGGGCGAGAUUCUGCACCGCGAGCGUGGCCAUGGACAGCUUUGGGUAUUCUGGCGCGGGCAUUGAGAACUUUAGAAGGUUUGGUAUCGACGAGGCGGGGAUUGUCAAGAAGGUGAAGACGAUGCUGGAAACAAGUACACCGGCCAAGGGUAGAGGGAGGUGGAGGUUGUUGAAGUAG